AACCCGACCGGCAACCGAUGAGAAAAAUACAUUUUGAUAAACUUCACAUACGACUUGACCACAAACACGAAUACAGCAUCUUCAACCUAGAACGCUAUCAUGGAAAUUAAGGGAAACGAUGUGACAGCAAAUAGUGCAAGUUUGCAAGAAAGUGUUUCAUUGUGCAACAGAGUUUCUACGAUAGCGAACCUUCUUCUUCACCAGUUGAUUGCUGUGGUGACUGGUUUGGUACUAUGGGUACUUUUCGCUCAUUUAAAUAUCAACCAGUAUAUUCUUUGGCAUGCAGUACUGUUAGUGAUGGCCUUCUUACCACUGAUGUCAGGAGGCAUCUUAUGUUUUUCGAGCAACAAUGUUUGGUUACAAGGUAUCAACAGGUCCACAAGGUACUACAUACACGGGAUAUUCCUGACUGGUGCGGUCAUUUCAAUGACUGUGGGAAUAUCGUUGGAGAUAUAUUCAAGAUGCCAGUCUGGAAAGCUACACUUUCAGACUAGUCAUUCCAUUACAGGUCUAGUUUCCUGGAUCUCAGCAUUUAUCUCCUGCCUAUUAGGCCUAGCUUCCUUCUACUCUCGAAGGCUGAAGAACAUAGUGAAACCAGUGCACCUCAAGUUGCUUCACAGUCUAUUUGCACUUGCUUCAUUUUCAAUCGGCAUUGCAAGUCUAUGCCUGGGCUUCGAAAAGAAAAGCUAUGCCCUUCACGUCACGGAAACCCAGUUGAGUGCUUCACAAUGGAUGGUUAUAAUUAUUGCUGUUUUUAUAGGGCUAUCUACAUUAAGAGAUAUUGUGCGGCAUGUAAAAGCAAUCUGCCGGUGAGCUGAUAAUAUGGUAUAGCUUGAUCUAGACUUAAUUCUUGUGUGAAUCGAAUUAUACAGGGUGGCGCAGAUGAAACGCAUGUUUUCUGAGUGAAUAGUAUUUCGCAAAGAGAAGUGGGUUGACCUUGCCUCACCGUCAGAAGAGAACUCAGGCAAUGCAGUUUUAGCCAUGGCCCGUGGACAACUGAGCAUCGCCGGUUUGGCGUCGAGCACUUUUUAGGAAACAAUGAUUCUGUAGUUACCGUGCAACGUUUAUUCCGUCGCCAGUUCAAUGUUGAAUGCCAAGGCUCAAUUCCAGAUCGAAAUACGAUAUUCCGAUGGAUUGAGGCAUUUCGAACUACUGGAUCUGUAAUGAAGAGGAAGCCACCUGUCCUUCCUCGUACCGUUCGAACACCAGGGAAUAUCGAAAUAGUGAGAAGAGCGGUCCUUGAUAGUCCUCCAGCUCUGCGUAUGUAUCGUCGAUCGUUACAACGCAUUCUGCACGAUUUACAUUUUCAUCCCUAUAAAAUAACGAUUGUGCAAGAGCUAACGGAAAGUGAUUUUGCACAGCGUAGACAGUUUUGUGCGAGAAUGCUGACCAUUUUUGCUGAUGAUCCUAACGUCAUUAUAAUGGCGAGGUACGAAGCACACUUCCAUUUAACCGGAUAUGUAAACAAGCAGAACUGUAGGUAUUGGGGGCCGGAAAUCCAGGAGAGCUACACCAACGACCCUUGCAGAGUGAAAAAUUGACUGUGUGGUGCGGAAUUACUAAAUUAGGUAUCAUUGGUCCUUACUUUUUUUAGGAGGAAGAAAGAGCAGUAACAGUUACUUCAGCUCGUAAUGUUCACAUGUAACAAAAUUCUCUAUUACGGCAACAAGUAAAUAUGGGAGAACUGUACUUCCAACAAGAUA